GAAACCCUUUUAUCCCAUUUAUUGUUGCUUUCUUUUGUUCCUUCCCUAGGAAAUUUUCUAUUGAUGUAUUAAGAUGCAGAAGAGGUAACCGUGUUUGUUCAUUCACUUUCCUAAUCCUAGAACCAACGAACGAACGAAGACACUGCAAUCUAGAAAAAAGUUUUGAACUUUGAUGCACGGAAAGCCUUCAUGCCCGACCAUGACAUGUACCAUUUUGAUCACAUGGACGAAGACGAUUUUUUUGACGAAAUUGAUGACCAAAACCAUGGUAGGGGUGUUGGGGAUGCUGCUCUUGAUGAAUAUGAGAUGCUUACUAAGGUGACUGAUACAACAGCUGCUCAAGCAAGAAAGGGAAAGGACAUUCAGGGAAUUCCAUGGGAAAGUUUGAACAUAUCUAGGGAGAGGUAUAGAUUGACAAGGCUUGAGCAAUAUAGGAAUUUUGAGAACAUUCUUAAAUCUGGGGAUGCUGUUGACAAGGAGUGCAAGCAAAUCGAGAAGGGUGGGAAUUACUAUGAAUUCUUCUAUAAUACAAGAAUGGUUAAGCCUACUAUCCUUCAUUUUCAGCUGAGAAACUUAGUAUGGGCAACUUCAAAACAUGAUGUCUACCUUAUCUCCAACUACUCUGUUAAUCACUGGUCAUCAUUAAGUGGUAAUUUGUCUGAGAUAAUCAAUUUUGCUGGGCAUGUGGCACCGGCCCCUACUGAGAGAUAUGCAGGAAAUUUGUUGGAAGGAUUUUCUCAGACACAGAUUAGCACAUUGGCUGUCAAGGAUAAUCUUCUUGUUGCUGGUGGCUUCCAAGGAGAGCUUACUUGUAAGCGUUUGAAUAAGAAAGGAGUAAGCUUUUGUACACGGACCACACAUGAUGAUAAUGCUAUAUCAAAUGCAGUUGAAAUAUAUGACAGCUUGAGUGGUGCAACGCAUAUUAUUGCCUCCAAUAAUGAUUGUGGUGUGAGAGAAUAUGACACAGAAAGGUUUCAGCCUUUGAAUAACUUCCAGUUCUCUUGGCCAGUGAAUCACACAUCAAUCAGUCCAGACCGGAAGCUUAUGACUGUUGUUGGAGAUAACCUGGAUGGACUGCUAGUGGAUCCUCAAAAUGGAAAGACUGUUGCCACUUUUGUUGGUCAUCGAGAUUACUCUUUUGCUUCUGCAUGGCAUCCCGAUGGACGUACCUUUGCAACGGGGAAUCAAGACAAGACUUGCAGAGUAUGGGAUGUUAGACACUUAUCAUCUCCUACUGCCAUUCUCAAGAAUAACCUAGGGGCAACCCGGUCUAUUCGGUUUUCUUCUGAUGGUCAAUAUAUGGUGGUUGCUGAGCCUGCAGAUUUUGUGCAUGUUUAUAGCACAAAGGCAGACUACAGAAAACGUCAAGAAAUUGAUUUCUUUGGGGAAAUUUCUGGGGUUUCUCUGAGCCCUGAUGAUGAGUGUAUAUAUAUUGGAAUCUGGGACCGGACUUAUGCAAGCUUGCUUCAGUAUAAUAGGAAGCACCAAUAUAAAUAUCUUGAUGCAUACUGAUGAUCUUGAUUCCUGCUAGCUGAUUUAGGAAUAUCAUGCUGAUUUAUAGAGCAGUUUAAGAUUCUAGAUCCUUCCCCCAUUUGUUUUUCACAGUACUUUAUGUAGGCCAGUCUGAUUAAUCAAGAGCACAGCAUCAUAAGAUACCUGCACAAUGAAAUCAUGCCUCACCUUCCUUGUAUUUCUGAGCUUUUAUUGCAAAUCCCAAAUUGCAUGGUAUUAAUGUUAUUAUUUACAUUGUCUUCAUGUCUGUGCAUCCUACAAUGGAUAAUAAUAUAGCUUGGUUUACUUUUA